CAGUUACCCGAGUAUGGAGAAACUGAAGACUGCGAUCCUUAAGUACCUAUUGUUCAAAGUCUAACAUGAAAAUCAAAGCUCAAAUGUCAAACUCUGCUUUAUUUCAUUGCAUCAUCAUUAUCCUGGAACAUUUAUAAGGAGCAGCACCUCCGACACCUAAGGAGGCUAGUUUCUAUGGAGUACAUCUGAUCAUCAGGGAUAUCCUUAUAAAUGUACCUCCUGUAAUUGCAUUGAUUCUAAUGAAGAGCAUAGGUGGCCCAUCAAAUGUUCGCUUGAGACGUUCACACAGCGCGCCACCAUGUGCCAUCACCACUUCGCAGCAUGCUGUCAUGGUUCCAAGCUGUGGACCACAGAGGCUUGCAGCUGCAUCCUUAAAUCCGAUGACUGUAUCGAUGCAAGCCUUGCCAGCUCCCAGAGAUCCCACACAUGCUAUUUUGCUUUUGUUCAAUGAGAUACAGAGGCAAAACAGACAGAUGAAUUCGCUCUGUAAAGAUGCCGCUAGCAUUAAUGAACUAUUGGCGAAGAGUAUGAAAUCAGAGGAUUCAGACAGCAAUUUGCAGCCAGCCUUGAGUGAGUGUGGAUUGCUCUGCCACAAAGUACAGAAUCUUCAUGACCUGCUGUAUAGAGAUGAGCGUGCUCUGUCUCCAUCUCCAGUCCCCAAGGCUGAAGCUCCAUCGCCAAUCUUUCAGCAGUGGGAUGCUGUUGGUCAUGCUGGGGAUUAUUACUUGAUCAAAACUUUGAUGAGUGAACAGGAGAAAAUGGAAGACGACAUGGCCGUAUUACAGAAAGACGUGAGCAUGAAAGAAGAGCAUUUUCAGAAGGAGGUCGAAAAGCUGAAGAAGUCUCAGACGCAGAAUCUAGACAACUUAAUGACCAACCUUCAGAAUGAGAAGGACAAGAACUUACUUAUCAAUGAAGAACUUGAGAAGAUGAAGGCCUUACACCAGGAGCUCAUGCUCAAGUAUCUGAAAGUUGAACAAUUGGCUACAAACCUUCAGAGGACACUGGACAUGGAGAGACUGUCUCAUUCUGAUCGAGAACAGCAGGAUAUGAAGUUACAGCAGUCCUUGAGGGCGGAUAAAGAAGCUCUGCGUCAACAGUUGUUAGAGGAAAUGGCCAAAAUGGAGAGGGAGGCCACCACAAAGCACGAGUCCCUCUGUAGAGAGACUGAAAGACUGUCAGAGGUUCAGACACUUCACAAGGAACAUAUUGAAAAUGAGCUACAGGGAGAAAAAGAUAAAAACUCACUUCUCAGCCAAGAACUGGAGAACUUAACUUUCACUAAUCAGGAGCUCCUUCUGAAAUAUGAGACUGCCGAACAGCAAGUGGAAAGUCUUCAAAGGUUGCUUAGCGCUGAAUCCAAAGCCCUGACUGACAAAGUACAAGAGGACAUCAAAAUCUUUCAGUCCUUGAGGGCCGAAAAGGAGGCUCUUCGUGUAAAGAUGGCUGAAGACUACGCUUCUUUGCAAAAACAGGCAGCCAUUGAACUGGAGUCUGUCUGCAGAAAGUUAGAAGAACAAAAAGAAAUCAACUGCCUCAACCAAGAGAAUUUCAGGACUGAGCUGCAGGCUGAAAGGGAUAGGAAUGUUCUUCUUAACCAAAAACUCAACACUCUCUCACACUCACAUCAGGAGCUAAACCGAAGGUGUGAGAUGGUUGAACAGCAAGCAACUCUUCUGCAGGAAAAACUUGACAUGGAAAUGAAGUCUCAUGCAGAAAAGCUGAAGGCCAGCCAACAGUUAUUCCAGUCAUGGAGGACAGAGAAGGAAGCGCUGCGGCAAAAGAUGGCCAAGGAGAUGGGCGACCUGCAGAGUGAUGCUAUUGCAAAGCAGGAGUCUCUUUUGAAAGAAGUGGAAGAGCUUAAGGAGACACUUGUUUUCAACGAGAAGAAUUUUAAGAGUGAACUUCACAAUGAAAGAGUGAAUAACUCCCUCCUCAGCCAGAAAUUUGAGCAGAUCUCGAAUUCUUAUCAGGAGCUCAGCUUAAAGUGUCAGAAUUUUGAGCAGCAGGUGGUACACCUACAGAAGCUCCUGGAGAUGGAAGUUAAGUCUCAUGCAAACAGAGUAAAGGAGGACAGGCAGCUGUUGCAGUCUCUGAGGGCAGAGAAGGAGACUCUCCGACAGCAGAUGUCAGACGAAAUGGCAGCCAUGCAAAAAGAUUCUGAAAUGAAGCAGGAGUCUCUUCGAAGAGAAGUUGAUGAACUUACCAAAGCUCAGAUCUUCUGCCAAGAAAACCUCAUAAUUGGAACUCAAGCUGAGACAGAAGAGAACUCACCUAUUGGCGACAAAGCAGAACAAAUCUCAGGAUCUCAUCGAAAUUAUUACAGACCUGAUUCAGUUGAACAAAUUACAACAGGUUACCAGGACGAUGAAUCUGAGAAGAAUAUAUUGUUGGAGACCAUCCAGCUGGAGAAGGAAAUGUUGUGUCAAAAGAUGCAAGAGGAGAUGGCUGCACUGCAAAGAGAGUCAGACGUGAAGGAGAAAUCUCUACGUCGAGAAGUUGAGGAGCUGCGAAAGGCCCAUGUCUUCAUACAAGAACGGUUUAUGGUGGAGCUCCAAGCUGAAAAAAAUAAAUCGCUUCUCAUUUGGGAACCAGGCAUCAGGGUCUCACAACAAGAGCUCAGUCUCAGGUGUGUUAAUGUCAUCCAACAGGCUGCGCACCUUCAGCCCAAAGUGAGCGAUGAAGGGAAGUGUCUCGCAGAAGAAACUGAAAACCACGCCCUGUUGUUCCAGUCCUUGAAGGCAGAAACAGAUGCUCUCCAUGAAAUUAUUACUAAAGAAAUUGUUUGCCUACAGAGAGAUGCUGCCAUAAAACAAGAUUCUCUUCUCAAAGAGUUAGAGAAGCUGAAAGAGGCUCAAAUCAUCAGCCAAAAGACUGCAGAGCAGCAAAAGCUACUACUGCAGCAGAAGGACUUCCAGUAUCAACUCAUGGAGGAAAAGAUGGCUGUCAUGCAGAGGGAUGCGAUCAUCAAGCAAGAAACUCUUUGCAAAAAGGUGGAGGAGCUUAAAACACAGCUUGACACCCUCUCUGACGUGGAGAGUGAGCAGGACCUCUCAACUCAGAAUUCGUGUAUGACCGGUAUGCGGCAUGCCUUCGGUCUAAAGAAGUCAAAGAGACUAAAGAACAGGCAGAAACAGUUCGACUAACAAAUCCUGCCCCAUGCAUCCACUGGAUG